UUCCUUCCACAUAUUAUGGCUUUCUUGGAUUGUUUCUGUCAGUGCAAUCGUAAGAUCGCCUCCUGUUUUCAAAGGAAACUGCAUUGCCAUAUAAGUAAAGAUUCCUUGUUUAGAGCUGGAGUUUUCUUAUCUCCAGUGGGUUCUUGUUCUUUUCUUGCCACUAAGAGAGUGGGCGUUCAAGCGAAUUGUAACAAGUGCUCAGAAAGAAGAGUUUGUAUUGUGUCCUUGAAAAGCGAGUCCACUUCUGACGCUAUCAAGUCUCAAUGGUGUUUGUAUGUCUCUGCUUUACUUUCUGCAUCUGCCUGCCUGUUUCCUGUUGUUUGUGUUUAUUUUGACUCCAACACAUCUUUUAAUUCGAACUUCCAGACACUUUUGGAUAAAUAUACUUCGCACUAUACUAUUAUCGGGCUUCAAGUGCUGUUUUCAACAGUUCAUAGUGGCUUGGCCUCUUUGCGUCCGUCGGUCACGAAACUUCUGGGGGAGCGACUUUAUCGAAUAGGAUUUGCUGUCUCCAGUCUUCCUUUGGCUGUGGUUAUGAUAGGUUACUUCGUAACACACCGAUAUGAUGGUAUUAUAUUAUGGCAGAUUCGAAAUAUUCCAGGUAUUCAUGAGCUGGUGUGGUUGCUGUCGUUCAUUUCCUUUUAUUUCUUGUAUCCGGGAACUUUUCGUCUACUUGAAAUAGCAGCGAUUCAGAAGCCUGAGCUGCAUCUUUUUGGGGAAGGAAUUAUGCGAAUUACUAGACAUCCUCAGUUGUGGGGUCAGAUCUUAUGGUGCAUUGGUCAUAUGUUAUGGUUGGGUUCAUCUUUUUCAGUAGUAACGUCUCUAUGUCUUGUAUCUUAUCAUUUUUUUGGUGCGUGGCACGGAGAUCAACGUCUGAAAAGUAAGUAUGGAGAGGAAUGGACUGAAUUGGAAGAACAAACAAAUGUUCUUCCAUUUGUAGCUGUAUUUAGUGGAAAGCAAAAGUUGGUUGUUUCAGAGUUCCUUCAUCCAGCCUACUUGGUUAUCACUGUCUUCACUUUUUGUUUGUAUGUUUUGCAUCCUAAUAUCAUACAGCUUUUUGGCCAUUCUAGUUAAACAUGGCCUUGCAGUUAGAUGUCCCCAAUGUUCGCUUUCCGUAUCUGUAGUGUUGAGAAGGCUUCGUUCCAUAUUUCAAAUACAUGCGUAGAGCUGUUUUUAAGAUAUAGUUCGUAUUAAUAGGAGAAACAUUUCAAAAGUAAAGACAAAUAAAUUAGAGCUUCUCAUAUUAAUUUGACAG